AUGUGCAAAUGUGAGCUGAAUGUGGAUGUGAGCUGGCUCCAGACAUCAGUAUUUCAACAGGAGCAUUCUUGGUUGAGUGAGCUACAUCUGGAUGAGAUGGAGAAAAUGUUCGAGGACAAUGUGAAUGCAGAAGGAGGCUUGGACAGGAAGACUUUCGUGAGGUGUGCAAAGACAGUCCUGGGCCAUGUCAGCGAGGAUAUGCUGCAAGUGCUUUUCCUCAAGGUGGACACGGACUGCGAUGGCUCCAUCACUUGGGAGGAGUACUUGGACUACGUGAUGCGGGAGUUCCAGGGAAAAGAGACGAAGAGGAAGAACCAAUAUCGCCUGCGCUUCCGACUCCCCAUGCAGAUUCUUCCCCAGAGCCAUAGGUGUGAGAUCGUGAAAGUACAAUACUUCAUCCCCCGUUUCAAGAAAUCUGGGAACUUCAUCACCGUCACCAAGGAUGGAUGCCUGCAGAUCUGGACUGAGAGCUUCAUGUUGAUUAGUUCCUUCAGGCUGAGCCAGUUGCAGCAGACCCAUCACCAGCAGAUGUGGGUGGUCGAUAUGGCGGCUCUGUACAACAUGAAUUUGAUCGCAGUGUCAUCUGCUGAGCAGAAGAUUGAGUUCUAUGAUAUUAGUAAUGCCAACUGCGUUCGAGUCUUUACCUUUGUCGACCUGGACAGCUGUGUGAUGGUCAUGGACUACUGGUCUGAUUCCCACCGAGGCGUCUUCUGCUAUGGCGACAGCAAAGGCAACGUCUCUAUCUUCACCUCCAACAAUGUGAAAAAUGGGCUCUUCAAUCCCUGCAUCCUCCCCAAGACCUCCAAAUGGGAUCGCAAUCCGUGGACUGCUGUUUCUGUGCAGAAGCUCCUGAGUGAAAAGUCCAGUGCAUAUAGAACUUUCCGACUUAAGGCUCUCCAUGCCACCUGGUGCCAACAGAUCAAGUUCAUUCCUGAGAUGAACGUGGUGGCCUCCUGUGCAGCCAUUGAGAAGACCUCGCUGGUGCUGACUGUGCUGCCACUCAAAGACUCUGAGAACCCCAGAUUUUCUGUGUUGGGGCUGAGGAAAGGAAUUCUUUGCUUUGAUUACUGUGCAGACAAGAACUUCCUUGUGACUGGGGGCUACGAUCCUGUCAUCAGCCUGUGGAACCCCUUCUUCUCCAAAAAGCCCAUGUGGGUGAUGAAGGGCCACCGGGCCUCGGUGACACACAUCCUGGUGAACAGCAGGGACAGCAGUAUCCUAUUCAGCAUCUCCAAGGACAAGAAUAUCCGUGUAUGGGACAUGCUGGACUACAUCUGCCUCCAGUCCUUCUGCGGCAAGCUUUUGGCACUGGGGAACUGCCCCAUCACUAGUGCCUACUUCCACAAGGAAGACAACAUGCUAGUGUGUUGCACCUUCUCUAUCGGGCUUCUCCACGGGAACCUGGAGAGCCAGCAGCCCGAUGCAGAUAUCGAGAGGACCACCACACACAACAUGCCCCUCUGCGGUGUCCUCUACUGCAAGAACACACGGCAGGUGGUGAGUGGCUGUGUGAGUGGUACGGUGAUGGUGUGGGAGCUGGUGACGGGCAGGAAGAUGGCCAUGUUCUCCGUGUCGGGGGACGAGAAAGAGGAGCUGACGGCCAUGGCCUUGGAUGAGUCCGAGCGCUUUCUGCUCACGGGCCUGCAACAUGGCAGCGUGAAGAUGUGGAACCACAACAAUGGCGAGUGUCUGCUCACCUUCCCCAAUCCAGACCAAACGGAGAUCAGUGGGAUCAUCCAAUUGAACAAGGUGUUCUAUGUGACAGGAUGGGGCAGGAGAAUCAACUGUUUCAAAUUCCACAAGACCAAGCCAGUGCUCCUGUGCUAUCCCUGGGCGACUGUCCACACGGAUGAUGUCCUGUGUAUGGACAAGUAUCAGCACUUAUUCCUCGGGACAUCCUCAUAUAACGGGGACAUCUUCCUAUGGAACAUCAGCCUGCACAAACCUGUCUUCAAUUUCAACGCCUCAGAGAGCUACAAGCCCCUGCAGCUCCAGAAGGUCCAAAUCCCAGAGGCAGAGAAGGCAGUGCAGCCGCAGGAGCUUAGACCCCGCUCAGUGAAGAAAUGGGCAGAGCAUCAUUUUGGGGAACAUCUGGGCCACAGGGUCAACCCCAACCUGAGGCGGAAUCUGUUGUCGGCACCACCGGUGAUGAAACGCCCCAGCCAAAAGGACCCGGAGUUGCCUGUAUUCGUUGAGAAACCUCUCAGCGCCGAGAAACCCAAGAUUCGGGGAACAUCCCAGGGCAUGGGGUCUGGUGGGGAGUCGGACGAGGGACAGGAGUCCUUGCCGAAGGAGGUACAGCUGAACAGAGCUGCUGUGAAGAUCAUCUUCCUGCAGACCAGACCUCGGCUGCCCCACAUGGCCACUAUGAUCAGUAGCUGCAUGAACGGUUAUCUCUAUGCCUGGUCCAUCCAUGGCAGCGGCGGCCUGCUGGGGAAAUUCCCUUCUGAUUUCACCGAAACUGGGAAUGUGGUUGUGGGUGCCAUGGACAGAGACGAGAAUGACUACAUUCUUCUUACGGGGGACAGCAAAGGCUACAUCAAGAUCUGGGACAUCAAGGAUUACUGCGUUUCUAGCAAGCUUCCGUACCAGUACCAGCCCGUGUUGAAGACCAUGCCUGCGAAGAACAAGUUCCAGUACUUAAUCUCUAAGCGGAUCCGGACGACCACCCCCUACUUUGUCCCUUCGAAGACGACUGAGGUGGUGUCUGAUCAGGUCGUUUCUCUGGUCCCUCCCAAUCUCCUAAUUUCCUGGAAGGGCCAUGAGGAGAGUGUGGUAGACAUCCGGUAUGUAGACAGCUUCCAGAUGAUCAUCACGGCUGGCUUGGACCGGGAUGUCAAGACUUGGAAAAUCACUGGGGAGGCCAUUGGCACAUUUGGCCUGAAUAUUUGGAAAAAGCUGCGCUCUUCCUCGAUGGCUAUUGACCAAGAGCUUAAUAAAAGCUAUAAGGAAAUGCCUAUGUUCAUAGACAACCUGAAGACUCUGUAUGAGGAGCAGCAGGGUGACCUGGAUCUGGCCAGCGCCCUCGAGUACCAGCGCCUGGAGCAAAUCGCCCUUAUGGCUCUGCUGCACAUGAAGGGGGACAUGGAGGCUGAGGCCUGGGCUUCCCUGCGGAAGCUGUCCUUGCAGUGCCCCUGGGGUGGAGAGCGACCUCUGGAGGAGAUCGAGAGCAGCUGGCGUAUGUGGGAGAGCAGGGCCAAGCAGAUGAGGAACAAAGUCCUGGGAAGCACCCGCAGGGAGCAGUUCCGAGGUGUGCAGUAUGGCUGCAUGCAACACCAGAUCUCCCCCCGCAUCUACCAGAGCCUGCACUUCAAUGAGUUGGUGUCCAUCCAGCAGCCUGACUUAUUGCAGGAGAUCAUGGACCAUCUUCAUGAGAUCAGCCACGUAACAGCGCACAGAAGCCAGAAGUUGGACCUAGAUGGGGAGACCAAGGCCAGCAACAUCUCCGUGAUUUCCUUGCCCUUCUCUAUGGCCUCGGGCUCCAUGGAGCCCAUCCCUGCCCCCUCCACAUUAGUCUCCUCCCUUAUGUUACACUCAGACUCUGUAAGCUCCAGGGGUGUCCGGCCAAAGUCGCUGACCCCUAUGCCUGAUGCCACGUCCUCCAGGCAGUCCUCCCAAAUUCUAAAGGUUCCCUCUGCACAGUUGAGGAAGAGCAGUCCGGUACAGUUCUGA